AUGCAAUCCGCCGACGAUGACACCACUGCUCCUCUUCGUCCGACGGAGUUUAAUCUCCAGGCCCGCCAACUAAAAUCGACUAAAACCGGGGAUGCAGAAAGGUUCACCGUCGGGGCAGCAGCAGCCAUAGCUGCAGAAAACGCCCCCGCCCAACGAUACGGGGGAGACGAUUGUGGACUGCAAAAGGUCGAGCGAGAGUGGAGCAGCGUACUAUCCAUCCAGCAUGGCCCGCACGAGUUGGCAUCCCUACGCAGAGACAUUCUUGAUCAUCUUCCUUCCUUCGUCCAGGCCGCAAAAGAACCCUCGGCAAGCCAUAUCCGCCCUUUUCCCCUCAUUGUUGGAUCCCGUUUCUACCUACUAGCCGGUCAGCCAGCCCGCGGACUAAACACGGAUACUCCGGGUAGGAAGAAACUUUCCUAG